GACUUGCACGGGAAAGUAUCAGUCAUUAAAUUGUAGUCAACAUUUUAAGAUGAAAGUAUUUGUUUGCAUUUUUGCCUUAGCUGCAGCUGCAUCAGCUGGUCAUUUGGGUGGCGGUGAUGGUGGAUUCGGUGGUGGAUACGGAGGUGGCCAUGGUGGUGCUGUAAUUAGUGGUGGAUACGGUGGUGGUCAUGGCGGUGGAUACGGUGGUGGACACAAUGCUGCAGCUAGUGUUGGCGCCGCACUUGGCGGUAGUCAUAGUGCCGGAAUCGUAGGCAAUUAUGCCGGAGGUCUUUCCGGUGGGCAAUCUGCCGCAUCUUUGGGACAUGGAAGUUACGGUGGAGUCGAAUUAGGCGGUGGACAUGGUGGAUAUGAUGGUGGUUAUGAAGGAGGACAUGGAGGAUCUCUCGGUGGAUAUGAAGCCAGCUCCGGCGGACAUGGAGGAUCAUUGGGAGGAUACGAAGGUGGUCAUGGUGGAUUCGGAGGCUCAGCUGGAGGAUCAUAUGGCGGAUAUGAAGGUGGUCACGGAGGACUCGGUGGUGGUGAAGGUGGCCAUGGAGGAUCUCUUGGAGGUUACGAUAGCGGUAUUUCAAGUGGCUAUGGAUCAGGCAAAUACUGAAACUAGAGGCUAACCCACCAAUGCUAGAAAUGAAGCUCAUAUUUUAUACCAAAUUGUGAUAUACUACAUAUUGUUAUCCGUUUUUCUUAAAAUUCAUAUUAUGAUAAUGUUAAAUAAAAACGUUAAAUUAUAAUUUCAA